UGGAUGCCAUGCCAUGUUGGAGAGUUGCUGGUGGCUGCAAUGAAAUCUUUGCAAUGUCACGAAGGACAUGAUGGGCCCAACUACAAAGAAUCAUUGAAUUGGCCACCGUUUUCCCCGGCAAGUUUCAACCUUCCAUUUCUCAUCACAAUCUUCAGACACCUCAUUAACCAUACAUUCAGCUGCCUGUCUGCCUCAGCCUCACCAAAGAUCAACUUAACCAACACUACCUGCGUGCCUCUCUCACAUUCAAAGGUGGCAAACACAAAUGGCAGUGCAGUUGGCAACCCGAGUUUCAGCCACUGCAAGACAUUCUCUUCCUCCCCCUUCUUCUCCUUCACCAUCAGUAGCAUCAUCCAGAACCACAAACAAAGCUUCUUUAAAAACCCAAGUUAAACCCAUCUGUCUAUCACUGCCAAAAGCAACAACUCUCUCUUUAUUGGCUUUAUUUUCUCCUCCCCAUGAGGCCAAAGCUGUCAGUCUUAGCAAAGAACAGAUUGUCUCAUCUCUCUCUGAAGUGGAGAAAGCCAUUGAUCAGGUUCAAGAAGCAGGUUCAAAUGCCUUGGAUACUGCGCAGCAGAUUCUUGAUGUUGUAGGGAAAGUUUUGAAGCCAGCCAUAGAUGCAGGGGUGCCUAUUGCGCAGAAAGCUGGAGAAGAGGUAUUGAGGGCUGCUUCUCCAGCAAUAUCUGAGGCCUCAAAGAAAGCCCAAGAAGCAAUUCAAAGCACUGGCCUUGAUACUGAGCCAGUUCUCAGUGCUGCAAAGACAGCGGCUGAUGUUGCAAAACAAACUACAAAGGUGAUUGAAGCAGCCAAGCCUGUAGCUUCUUCAACUUUUGAAACCCUCACAACUGCAGACCCGAUAACAAUUGUAGGCACUGCUGGAGCAUUAUUUGUUGCAUACCUCCUCCUUCCUCCCAUCUGGUCCAUCAUCUCCUAUAGUCUUCGUGGUUACAAAGGUGACGUUACUCCUGCUCAAGCCCUUGAUUUAAUAUCUACACAAAAUUACAUUAUGGUUGAUAUUCGAUCAGAGAAGGACAAGGACAGGGCUGGUGUCCCCCGCCUUCCCUCUAGUGCUAAGAAGAGGAUGGUUGCAAUUCCUUUGGAAGAGUUGCCAAACAAGUUAAGAGGCCUAGUGAGAAGCACAAAGAAAGUAGAAGCUGAGAUUGCAGCCUUGAAGAUUUCUCAUCUCAAGAAAAUCAACAAGGGCUCAAACAUUGUGAUCAUGGACUCCUACUGUGAUUCAGCAAAAAUAGUUGCGAAAACGUUAACAAGUCUCGGUUUCAGCAAUUGCUGGGUGGUGGCUGACGGGUUUUCAGGAAGCAGAGGGUGGCUGCAGAGUCGACUAGGAACAGAUACAUACAACUUCUCUUUGGUGGAGGUUGUGUCACCAUCCCAGGCUAUUCCUGCAGCUGCUAAACGAUUUGGUACAACCAGCACAAAGUUUCUUCCUGGUGCAGAAUAAUAAUUUUUUUGCCUCAUCAAAUCAAAUAAACUGAAAAAGAAAUGCUUGAAUCUGAAUGUGAGUUCUUUGUUUAGGUCAGCUCUCUCAUGGAAUAAUCUGUUGUAAUUCUUUCAUUAAUGUUAGUUCAUCCUCUUUCUUCUCAUCUUUGCCUUAAAAGUGAAAUCAUUAAUAAUUUUUUCUCUGAAACACAUUGGAAUAACUUGAAAGCAUGAUCUAAAGGAGCAAAUAA